AUGGAACCAACAGCGCACAAAGAAGUGAGAUCCGACAGCGCCGGUACUGUGCCGCCUGCAUCUUACUUUGAUGAGUUGGUUGCUGCACAGGCAGCAAACAUCGACAUUACAAGCUACCAUGAAGUCUAUCUCGUCGUCAAGCAAGAUUUAGAGACAGUUGAAGUAGAUAUGGGGGAAAAUAAAAACAGGAACAACACUGCCGCGGAUGCGAUCGACCUCGAUCCCUCCAUCCUCGCAGAACUCCCCGCUGGUAGCAAGAUUCUCUCAAUAUCCCCUCACGGCAAAAGCUUCUGGGCACACACCGCUCGUAUGGACAUCCUUCAGCAAGAUGGCUUCACCAAGUCACUCUUCCUCAAGCUCCUGCCUGGCGAGACAGGCCUAGCCAUGGUGAAAUCAGAAUACGAGUCCCUAAACGCCAUCCGUGACGUAAUAUCUCGUUUUGCCCCUCGUCCAAUCGCCUAUGGAACGUGUCAAAGCUCUGCGAGCGAAGUCCUCUCCAGCCUCAGUAGGCGGGAAGAAGCGGGCAAAUCCAAAGGCAAUGGAUCCCUGAGCAACCCCGAGUUGUCCAAGAGCAACGAUCAUCAGCAACUACACUUCAUCCUUACGGAAUUUCUGCCUCUCCUCCCGGUCUCAGGCUUUUCGGGGGACCCUGCUUCCGUUAUUGAUAACGGUCGGCCCCCGCCAGAACCUUUCACAGCCUGCCUGCGCGAGCUUCAUCAGAAAAGUGUUUCUCCGACAGGUAAGUUCGGUUUCCACAUACAGACGUAUGCAGGUAACCUGCCGCAGUAUGUGGAGUGGACCGAGAGCUGGGAGGACUUUUUCAUGAAGAGCCUGAAAUUUGCGAUUACGUUGGAAAGAGAGGUGAAGGGGCCUUAUUGUGGUUUGGAUGGCGAAGACGCAGAUGUCCAUCCCAAGAGGAUUCAAUCGAAUGGCCAGGCAGGGCUCGAGAGGGAGAUGGAAGAAUAUCUAUUGCCUCGAUUGUAUAGCAAGGUGGUUCCGCGACUACUUCGACCGUUGGAGAGCGGAGGUCGCAAGGUCAAGCCCUCACUUGUGCACGGGGAUCUGUGGUGGGGGAAUGCGGGAGUUGUGGUAGGGGAAAAGAGGACGCGCUCGCUGUCAUUGUUUUGUCGAGGGCUGACGGAUAGGUGUGUAGAUGAGUUUGGACAGUGGAUGCCGGCACAGAGCGGCUUCGACAAACGGUAUCUGGAUGCCUACUACGUUGGUGAUGAGAUAUCGGAGCCAACAGAGGACUUUGAGGGUAGGCUUGAUCUGUAUAAGCUGUGGGUUUUGACGUCUUUGAAAGUAAUUAUCGACGAUCUGUCACUGAUUGAGUUCGACAGGAGGUUCAACGCCCAUGUAUCAGCACUCUUCCCUAACGACAAGCGAUUACGAGUUCAAAUGAUCAGCAACAUCCGAGAUUUAGUCGAGAGAUAUGGGCAGGAGGAUGUGCCAGCCUUAGACUAA